AGAUUAAGGACAUUGAAGCAUCAUUUGAGGCAUCAAAGCUGCGUCCUAUUCAUUCAACCAAUAAAGAUUUACAUCCUGUUAAGAUUUGGCCUCUGAUACCUGAUUCUGAGAGGCUAUUAUGAAAAGUUAUGUGGCAACAGGCUCUAAUCCAGCUAACCCUGAUAAAUUUCUGGCAUACAUGGUCCCAUCCUUAGAUGAGCUGUCGAAGGACAUGUAUGACGAGAAUGAAGAUGUCUUAUUUUCUUGGGUGCGGGGUGAAGAUACUGAUUAUCCAACAUCAUACCUUGUUUCCUUUGAUGAUGAAGAAGCUCGCUAUGUGCCUCUCCCCACAAAACUUAAUUUGAGAAAGAAGAGGGCCAGGGAGGGGAGAUCUAAUGAGGAUGUUGAGCAUUUUCCUGCAUUGGAACCAGUGGAUUAAAACUUAAGUACUCACCAUGCUUGCCGGCAUCUUACAGCU